AUGCCGUGGAUUAUUUUCCUACAAAGAACUGGAAUCGACAAGGAAGAUAUAUGGCCUGCAGAUAAGACUGAUUAUGUGCGGUCAUUGUUCAAUGCAAAGCUGUUCCCUGUCUGGCAUUGUACUGAGGAUGUAGGAAUUAAGGAGUUGCUAUGGUUACAAGGAGCUGAGAUUGAAGACAAUGAUGUAGUUUUACAAAGAUGGAAAGAAUCUUGGCGUUUAUCCCUCCAAGAUAUUAGUCAAUGUGUUGACAUCAAUACAGAAUUCCAAUUACGCAGGGAUAUGUCAUUCCAGAUUGGUCAAGCAGACGUGAAAACCGUUCUUGCAGGAAUGGAAAAUAAAAGUUUACUUCCUUUCUUUAAAAGUGCUGUAGUAGAAGGUUACAGCGACUGUUUAUUAGUUACCCUGGAUACAGUUGCAUCAGAGACUGAUUCCCCUGGUGUUGCGGCAAGAACUCUAGCAUGCAUAGCUGAUGUACUGGGAUGUAUAUCUGCACUGAAAGGCUCUGGUGGACUACGUAGUGGACCAGCAGCAAAUAAAGCAUGGGCAAAGGCAUUUCACAAACUGGAGGAAGGCAAUAUCGCUGCUGGCGUAAUGGCAUUGGCAGCCGAGAGAUUGAAUUGGAUGGAUAGAGCAGAUUUAUUAGUGCGAGCAGCGAGACAUUAUGAAGGAGCAGAACAGAUUUUAAUUCGCCAUGCUGUGAUGACAGCGCGACAGUGGAUAGUUGCACGAUGUCCAGCUCGUAUCGACAUAUCAGGUGGAUGGUCAGAUACGCCACCAAUCACGUAUGAAAACGGGGGCGCUGUAACCAAUGCUGCUAUCACCAUUGAUGGAAAGAAACCAAUUGGUGCUAAAUGCAGAAGAAUAAUUGAUCCUCAUCUUGUGUUAGUCUUAGGUAAAGAUACUGAGAGCGCAAGACAUCUUGUAAUAAAAGAGCUAUGUGAUUUAUCUGAUUAUACCAACCCUCAGUCUUCAGCCGCAUUACUUAAAGCAGCUUUUAUAUGUGCGGAUGUGAUCAGUUUUAAAUCAGGUAAAAGUCUACAAGAUCAACUGAUGAAUAAAUAUGGCAGUGGAUUUGAACUUCAGACUUGGUCUAAUCUACCACAAGGAUCAGGUCUAGGUACUAGUAGUAUAUUGGCAGGUGCAGUUAUAGCCGCAGUGUGGAAGGCAUCAGGGCGGAUGUAUAGCAAUGAUUCACUCAUUCAUGCGGUACUGCAUCUAGAACAGAUGUUAACAACUGGCGGUGGAUGGCAAGAUCAAGUUGGAGGGGAUAUAGAGAAAGUUGGAGAAUGUCUCAACACCUAUUGGUCACAGAAGAAAGUCAUGGCACCUGGCUGUGAGCCCAAACUGGUUGGAUGCAUGAUGGAAGCACUAAAACCCAGUGUGUAUGGUCAGGCCUUAGCUGGUGCUGGUGGGGGUGGAUUUAUGUACGUGUUGACUAAAAAACCCAAUGCUAUUGAUGAUAUCAAACAAGUUCUCACUACUCUUGAG